AUGUCUUCCAUUACUGAUAGUAAGGGAGGAUUCUUUUUCGUUUACGGAUAUGGUGGCACUGGGAAGACUUUUCUUUGGAAUGCAUUAACUUCAUCAUUAUGUGCAAAGGGUGAUAUUAUACCCACUGUCGCAUCAAGUGGCAUUGCUGUAACAUUAUUACCUUCAGGGAGGACAGCUCAUUCAAGAUUUGCAAUUCCUAUCCAAAUUUCUGAGACUUCAAUGUGCUCAAUUAGUCAAAAUUCAUGUUUAGGUCAACUCAUUCAAUGCACAAAGCUUAUUAUUUGGGACGAAGCACUUAUAGUUCAGCGUUAUUGCAUUGAAGCAUUUGAUCGUUCAUUAAGAGAUAUCAUGCAUUGUAAUUUACUGUUUGGAGGAAAAUGUAUUCUAAUGGAUGGGGACUUCCGUCAAAUACUACUAGUGAUUCCAAAAGGGACAAGGGCUUUUGUUGUUGAUGCAUACAUAAGUUCUUCCUAUCUAUGGGAUAGUUGUACAAUUUUCACCUUAACAAAGAACAUGAGAUUAACAUGUUCUGACUCAACAAGUGAUUAUCACGAGAUUGAAUGGUUUUCUAAGUGGCUGCUAGACGUUGGAGAUGGAAAAUUAGGUGAACCUAAUGAAGGUCCCACUGAGAUAGAAGUACCUGAUAAGUUGUUAGUUCGUAAUUCUGAUGAUCCGGUUAAGUCAAUAGUCGAGGCAACUUACAGUGAUAUAUUGGAAAAUAUAGGAUCAAAUGCAUAUUUGAAUGAUAGAGCAAUUCUAGCACCUACAAUUCAGAUGGUUGACCAAAUAAAUCAGUACAUGUGCUCUUUGUUGCUAGGUGAAACACAUGAGUACUUGAGUUGUGAUUCUGUUUGCCAAGCAUCUAAUGAUAGUGACAGCUUUGACAAUCUUUACACCACUGAGUUCCUCAACACAAUUAAUAGCUCUGGUUUGCCACCACACAAAUUAUCACUAAAAGUAGGGGUACCAAUUAUGUUGUUGAGGAACAUAGAUCAAGCAGAAGGUCUAUGCAAUGGUACUCGUCUUCGCAUCACAAAGUUGGGAAAAACAAUUAUUGAAGCAGUAACAUUGAAUGGAUCUAAACCAAAUCAGAAAGUUUUGAUACAUAGGAUGGACAUGAAUCCGUCAGAAAGUAGAUGGCCCUUUCGAAUGUGA